GUCGGACAGCCCCACUUUGGGGGCUUUCUGAAGCGACUGACGCGUUGUUUGUGACGUGUCGGGGUGUUGCACGCGGAUGGAAUGUUGUGUCGGCGGCGGAGGUGAACCGGGAGCACGAGGUGGUUAGGAGUUCCGAUUGCAAUAAGCUAUUGGAAAGAAUGGCAAAGAACAAAUCAAAAGCACAGAAACACAAAGAUGUCUUUAAAGUUGCCAACAGCAAAAGUCUCAAGGUCAAAAGCAAAACCAAACCUGUAACUACAAGUCUGAAGAAGCUUAACAUUGUGAACAGUGAAAAGGUCUGCAAAGUCAAUAAAGCAUUUUCAGAAGUGCAAAAAGAAAUCCAUAACUUAUCCAAAGGCACAUCAACAUCUUCUAAGAAACCACUGCAGAUUCCUAGACCGCCACCUGCUGAAAUGCUGAAUGUGGAUGCUACCACUGAAUUGUUUUCUCAAUUAUGAAGUUCUAAGAUCGCUUUAGGUGAACUUGUAUAUAAAAAUAUACAGUGGACAAUACAGUUUGGAGUAGACUAGAGAUUUUUAUGCUUUAAUCUCCCUUACUUCCCCCCAAAAAUGUUUGGUCAGUUUUCUUUAGUAUAAAAAUCAAGUGGAACGAAGAAUUUUGAGGCAUUCAAUGAAAUGCAUUAUUUCUAUAAAAGAGAAUUUGGAGAUCUUUCACAAGAAUCCCCAUGGUCAUAUCUGAUCUGAGUGGGUAUUUACAAAAUUAAAUUUAGAAAAUUACAAAUGAAAGUUAUUGUAUGUUGCAAAUUUUUUCGAUUAGUGUUGGAGAAGAUGGCACAAAUGUGAAUAUUAUUUUUAUCAAUAAAUUAUGAAAAACUAAA